GUGGGGUGGGGGCAGUGGGUCUCUUCCUCUCUUUCUUUCUCCGCGUAUUCGCGCUUUGAAGUAAACCAACAACUACUGUCCUGGAGUCAGCGGGUGUGGAGCCUUGAGCGUGGUAGGUCGGUAGGCAGGUAGGUCAGCGGAACCUUGCAGUGCAUUGUUCCCUUUUCUGCAGCCUGAUGCAGGGACAUAGAGCAAGUCCCGGUGAUCUGGAUGGGUGACGGAAGGUCGUUCUGAACUUGUACCGAACCCGAUUUACCGUUCAAUCAAGGAGCAAAGCAGCACCGGGGGGAAACAUUCGAUGUUAAACCGGGGAAUAUUCGAUUCAAAAGAAAGAAAAGGGGACCCACGAGGAGGAGAGUGCACCGGGGAGACGCGAGUCUGCUCCUCACCUGAAGAUCGGUGGAAGCGACCGAAACACAUGGACGGAGAUUAUUUCUGCGGGAGCGGGUUGUUGAUGAGCGAUCGCACCUCGGGUCGUGCACAAACAGAAGUGUGAAACCACAGAUGGAUCCACUGUGUGAUGGAAUCAAGAAAACCGAGUCCAGUGAUCUGGCUGCAAACUCUCGGCCCCCUCCAGCUAAGAUGGCUCGGCUGGAGCAACACAACGCGGGACCCUCGACCCCAGAAAGGACGAGGCAAGGGAGUCCUUUGCCUGACAGUCCCUGCCCGACCCAGAAACCCACCACAGCAAGUUGGCACUCCAAAGGAACCCUGCUGCCCGUGUUCUGUGUGGUGGAGCAUCAGGAAAGUUCUGUGGAAGCAGAGAGGAGAGACGAGCACGCUGAGUUCGUGUUGAUCAAACGGGAUCUGCUGUUUAAUCAGCUGACAGAAAUGGCCCUGCUGGCGCUGGGGUACUCCCACAGCUCUGUGGCGCAGGCUAAAGGUCUGAUCCAAGUAGGCAGGUGGAACCCAGUGCCUCUGUCGUCUGUGACUAACACUCCUUAUGCGACAGUGGCUGAUAUGCUGCAUGAUGUUCACCAUGUUGUUACGCUGAAGAUCCAGCUUAACAGUUGUCCCAAACUGGAAGACCUGCCACCAGAGCAGUGGAGCAUCUCCAAUGUGAGAAAUGCUCUGAAGGAGCUUCUUAAGGACAUGAAUCAGAGUUCCUUGGCCAAAGAGUGUCCGCUUUCCCAGGGAAUGAUAUCAUCUGUUGUAAAUAGCACUUACUAUGCAAAUGUCUCGGCUGCCAAGUGUCACGAGUUUGGUCGGUGGUACAAGCACUUCAAAAGGUCCAAAUGCCACCAAGACGUAGAGUGCUUUUCUGAGCAAUCCUCAGAUAUUCCUCACAUCCAGCAGCCGAUCCCAAGCAGCCCCGUCGAUCAGAACUCCAACCUUCUUUUCCCUCAUGGAUCAGUCGCCAACAUCUGUGGUCGGCCAUCGCUCGGUCUUCACCCUCCCGGUUUGGUCCCGCAGCCUCUCAGCUCCCAAAUGGUGAACCAGCAGCUGAUGAUGACCCAGUUUCUCAACCAGCAGUAUGCCGUUACCCGCAUUCUAGCCGGCCAGGGUCUCUCUUCUUCGCCGCAGCAGUAUCUCAACCACCCCCCAGUGGGGAGGCCUCCUGCCAAGGCCUUUUCCAAACCCUCUGAUUCUCAAGCAUCACAGCAGGCACAGUGCGGUUCUGGAGGGUGUCCAGCAACGAUGCCGCAAAAUCAAACGGCUGCUGCGAUGUCUUCAGUGGCACCGACAGACGUACCGAGUGACAUCUACCAGAAUGUGCGAGAGGAGCUGAGGAGAGCGGGCAUCUCCCAAGCCAUCUUUGCCCGAGUGGCCUUUAACAGAACCCAGGGUUUACUCUCAGAGAUCUUGCGUAAGGAGGAGGAUCCAAAACACGCCUCCCAGUCUCUGCUGGUCAACCUGCGGGCCAUGAACAGCUUCCUGCAGCUUCCUGAGGCCGAGAGAGAGCGCAUGUACCAGGAGGAGAAGGAGAGGAGCAUGACCGGUUUCCCACCCAGCUGCAGCAACACGCCCCCAAGAUCCACACAGGCGAGACUGUCACCGGUUACAGCCGACAGAGGGCUCAGGACGGACAGCUGUGUUCUUAACGUCAGCGCCUCCAUCUAUGACGAGAUCCAUCAUGAGAUGAAGAGAGCCAAAGUGUCCCAGGCUCUGUUCGCUAAAGUUUCUGUCUCCAAAAGUCAGGUAGGAGGUUCUCUCUCCCUCCUUGCCAGCGAAAAUCCACGGGCUUGUCUAAAUCCCGAACUUGUGCGCAGUUUAACCGCUCAUUUUCGUUGCUUGAUUAAAUGUUUAAAUUUGGCAUUUUUAGAUAACUACAUGCUCCCAUUUAAAUCAGAAAUAGCUAAUGUGUGUGGAGAAAAGCCCAGAUAAUCAUCCAGCAGCUGUGCUCUGCAGAGGACUAUCGUCGGUGCAUCAGACUGCUAUUGUGUCCUAAAUUAUCGCUUUAAUAGUCAACGUGCACGCACUCGUGCUGCCUGCUCAUGCACACAGACGUACAGUCAGACCGCACGCACCAAUACACACUUGCGCCGACGCGCAGACGCGCACAGAUCCGCUAAUGCAAACGCACACGCGGGCAUGAUUCGAGUGUUUAUUGUUCUCAUUUUUAUGGCGGCCCCAUAAGCUUGUUAUUGCCUUUUGUUUUGAGGAUAAUUUUCCUUCAUAGAAAAGGGGGGAUUUGAGCUGUCUCGCUUUCCCUCCUUCUACAGCAGAACUACAUUUCCUUUUUUUUCAUUUAUAUUAUUUUUCUUCCAUUUUUCUUACCUUGUGUCUUAAUUUGUUUCU